AGCUUGUCGCGCAGCCCCCCUCGCAACCGAGUCAUCUGUCUGGCUGCACCUCGCAUCUAUCUCAAAUACUGCUAUUCCAACGACAAGAUGUACCCCACACGAUCUGCAUCGCUGGACGAGAGCGUCGUCUUUGUCCCUCCAUCGACAAACUCGCAAGCCGUCUUCACGCUCGAGGAAGACGAGUGCUUCCCAAUGACCUUGGACACGAUGAGUCGCGAUGAUUCGAAGCUCUGCAUUCCCCAGGUCAAUAGCUGGGAGAACGCGCUCCAGCUCACGCACAUGGAGCCCGAGUUUCCCGCGCAGGUCCAGGAUUCUUUCCUAGUUGGCAGGCUGGGCACGCCCCCUCCCCCGUCCCAGCCUCCCGGCCUCACGUUCAGCCUUGACUCUGUCAGCUCGUCGGGCAGUUUCGACGAGCGCUACUCAGCCUUUGCCGCAGGCGCGCUGCCCGAGGAACGUGGCGUCGCCAAAAUCACGAGCGACAUGGCUCGCUUACGUGUUGAGCCCACCGCGACCGUCCCUGGUCGCGUGCCAAACUGUGAUGCCGAUGCUGACAUCGGCAUGGACAUCGAUAUCGAGUUUACAAGCGUCGAGCACUACGACGCGAAGACGAUCGUGGACGACAUCAUGCGCUUCAACCCGACGGACGAGGACCGCACCCUUCUCCGCGCGCCCUACCUCACGUUCUGCCGCGACCUACCCUCGGUCGACGAUGUCGCUGCGGCUGAUUGACCCUGGAUUGGACGUGUAUCGGGUCGCCGAAACCACCACUUAUGCCGUCAACACAAUUACAAUCCGACUCCAGCAGUCGUCAGCGCCUUCGGGCUGCUGUCCCACGGACGCGGGGCGCUUACUGACACGAGGCCAAGUCCUCUGCCACCCGCCCCGGCCAGCGUCCCUGGACGAACCUCGUCAACGCCAUCUGAACUUUAAGGGCUCGCGUGGCAAUAUGCGUCAAAGGUUGGGGAAUGCUCAAGUCGUGAAGCUACCAAUGGACAUCAAUCCACCAUUCCGCUACUCCUGUAUUCGCUUCAUAUUCCCACCAUGACAUUCUUCCGUACCCUCUUCCUGAUCGCACCAUGCUCAGUAGUCGUGCCUUCAAUACCCCAUCUCCAUACCCCCACACGUAGUAUUCCAACUCGCUUUACGAUUAAACACGAAUCGCUGUCUAAUCCCGUCGCACACUUUACAUAGUCCGUGCUAGUUCC